AACAAACCCUCCUGCUGCGUGCGCGAACGCGCUUAAAUUGUAUAGGCGGUCAGUAUUCCUCGAGCACGACAUGAAUAAAAAAAAACAGCUGAAACGUGUGUUUGUCUUCCGCGUCUUCUAUUUGGGACAGUAGGUAAUAUUCGGGUCGCUUUGGACACAGGGUGAAUUUUACUUCGCUCUGCCCGCUAUCCAUCAUAAAACCUUAUUUUUAAGAAUAGUUGUGAAUUGACUGCAAAAAAACUACCUGGGGCCAAGGAUUUCAUAGUAGCUAACACCGACUGGAUUUUGUCACAUUGGCAUACAAUGACAACUUCCAUCCGUACAAAGACAGAUUUUUGUCUAAUCAAGCACAGCGUUUCAACUCUAGAUGAGUAGGACUUCGGCCCCGUGCCUUCUCACACGGCUGGAGAUCCUUUGGAUUCCACUGAUCCCCAGGUUCUGGACUAUAUGCUGGUUCCUCACCGGAACUUCAACCUGAUCAAUGGGGUCCACUCUCCCGACGAGGUCGACCAAAUCCAGAACUGGGAGAUCCGAGACUCAGACAUAUUCGCCGUCACUUAUCCCAAGUCAGGGACGAUCUGGAUGCAGCAGAUUCUGACUCUGAUAGAAGCCAAAGGUGACGUCACUCCAAACACAGAGCGUCUCAACGCGCAGCGCGUCCCAUGGAUCGAGCUGAUUGGCAGUGAGAAGGAGUUUAACGCUACCCCUUCCCCCAGGCUACGGGUCACCCACCUGCAGUACAAGUUCAUGCCUCUCGCCAUCAGACAAAAGAGGGGAAAGGUGAUCUAUGUGGCCAGAAACCCUAAGGAUGUUCUCGUGUCCUAUUACCAUUUCCACAAAUAUGCAGCCAUGCUGGAGACACCGAAGGACUUCAAUGAUUUCUUUGAGAAAUUCAUGGAAGGUAAAGUUUUUGGGAACUGUUGGUUUGAGCACAUCAAGACGUGGUACGCUAAUAGAGACAACAUGAACUUCCUGUACAUCACAUAUGAAGAGAUGAUCAAGGACCUGCGCUCCAUGGUGGAGAGGAUGUGCAGGUUUCUAGGGAAGGAUUUGACAGAGGAGCAGAUGGCCAGUGUGGUGGAACACAGCACCUUUAGAACCAUGAAACAGAACCCACAGGCUAACUACGAGACAGUGCCCGACUCCCUGCUUGACCACAACAAGGGCACGUUUAUGAGGAAAGGGACCAUUGGGGACUGGAAGAACCAUUUCACUGUUGCACAGAGCGAGAGAUUUAACAGUGUCUUCCAGGAGAAGAUGAGGGACCUGCCCCUCUCCUUUACUUGGGACAUCAAUGACGUCACUAGUGUCACGUGAUGACAUCCUAGUCACGUCUUGCAGGGAUGUUUUUAAUCCUUGGACGGGCCCCCUAAGCAUUUUUUCAGGUCACCUAAAUCCAAAUAGUGUAAAAAGAACUUAUUUUUUUUAGGAUGGAAAAAUGCUUUUACUGUAAACUUAAAUGACUAAAUGCCUUUUUUUUUAUACCACAACAUUGUUGAAUACUUGUUUAUGAUGUACAGAACGUGGGCAUUUAUCCCUUACAUAAAAUAACCUUUGAAAGCUAACAGUCACCUAAAUAAAGAAAGUCAGGGACAAUUGAAAAACCCAUCAAACAAUUAAUUUAGCACUACAUAUUUCAUGUUUGAGCAAAAUAACACAGAAUUAGCCAUCGCAUAAUGCAUAGAAUUGAAGACAAUUUGCUUUAAAACGGAAAAUGUUUCUCGGCUCCAUGGCAGAAUAUGUAGAAUCGCAGGGAAUUUGCUUUAAAACGGCGAAGAUGAGGGUCUCUAAAAUGUUCUCUAAAAUUCAUGCCCCUGCCACGUCCACCACCUAAGCCCAUUAUUGAUCCAGGAAAAACACUGCCUUGGUUACAAGUUACCCUAGAUAAUUUAAUAAGCUAGUUAUAAGCUAUACUGAACAAAAAUGUUUCAUGAGUUGAAAUAAAAGAUCCCAGAAAUUGU